UUGUGGGCUGCACAACAAUAUGGCGGGGUAAAAGCCAGGUUAUGACUAGACGGGAUGCAGCUUUUGUCAAAUUAACAUCAUAUUUGACUUUUCUCAGCAAGUUAUGAUAAUUUAUGAAACAGGUUAAGAGAAUGAACGUAGCAGGUUAGGAUAAUUGUGUUAACUUUAUGACAAGAGUUAUGGGUAGUGUUAGUAAAAUGCAAAAUAAAUCAACUUUUGAUGUUAAUUUGACCAAAGCUGGAUACCUUCUAGUCUUGACCGGGUAACCACGGCAGAAAAAGAACGGAGUGACUCGAUGUUGUUUUAGGUUUGUAUCUGAAUAAGACGAUAACAUGGAGUCCAUUGAUUUGGAGAGGGAGGACCCUUCUAGCUCACUAUCUGGAUAUGCCAAUGGAGAGAUAAUGACCCUGGAGAUCUCAGACGUCUCUCCAGACUUGCUUGUUCUCGAGGUAAAAGACAACCUACCUGAAAGUAACCAUGGCAGCCUAGACAUGGAGAUGGAUGCUGACUUUCAUAAUGAUGAUGGGCAUGGUUUUGCGAAUGUGGAACUCCAGUUCUUUCCAUGUGAUGCCUGCGAAGCCUCCUUCACUAGCGAACCAGAGCUGGAGCAGCACUUCAUAAGCUCUCAUUCAAUAUGUGAUGUAGCAAGUGAGAGAGGAAGACCAAAAGCCAAGUCAAUGGAAACAGGUGUCUCACCCCUGCACACCUGCAUGACUUGUGGGAAGGUGUUCAAAUACCUAACUUCAUUUCGAAAACAUGAGGAAACUCAUAUCAAAGCCCUGUACACCUGCAAGACUUGUGGGAAGGAGUUUAAAUACCUAACUUCAUUCACAAAGCACCAGGCCACUCACAUUGUACCAAGACUGAGAGGAAAUGGAAAGUCAAUCAUAGCAGUAGGCUUAAAUGUCAAUCAGAAAGUGAAAGGCCUUCACACCUGCAGGCACUGUGGUAAGGGGUUCAAAUACCUAACUUCUUUCAUAAAGCAUGAGAAGACACACAGGAUAACCAAAAAAAGCAGAAAAAAACAGAGGAACCCUUCAAGUUCUGAGAUCAUUGUACGUCUUGAAGGCAAUAGGAAAGAUGCCACAGAAACUUGUGUAAGGGCCAUCAAGAAAAACAGGAAGAACAGCGACGAUACUGAGGAUCAGGAUGCAUGUAUUCUAAUAUCUUCUGAUGAUGAACUAGCCAACACUGCAGAGCAGCAAACGCCUGACUCUAACCGUUCUCCUCCUUUUCCUUCUGACUCUAACCGUUCUCCUCCUUUUCCUUCUGACUCUAACCGUUCUCCUCCUUUUCCUUCUGACUCUAACCAUUCUCCUCCUUUUCCUUCUGACUCUAACCAUUCUCCUCCUUUUCCUUCUGACUCUAACCAUUCUCCUCCUUUUCCUUCUGACUCUAACCGUUCUCCUUUUCCGCCUGACUCUAACCAUUCUCCUCCUUUUCCUUCUGACUCUAACCGUUCUCCUUUUCCGCCUGACUCUAACCGUUCUCCUUUUCCUUCUGACUCUAACCGUUCUCCUUUUCCGCCUGACUCUAACCGUUCUCCUUUUCCGCCUGACUCUAACCGUUCUCCUUUUCCGCCUGACUCUAACCGUUCUACUCCUUUUCCGCCUGACUCUAACCGUUCUCCUUUUCUGCCUGACUCUAAACAUUCUCCUCCUUUUCCGCCUGACUCUAAACGUUCUCCUCCGUUUCCUUGUCUGGACUGUGGGAAGGUUUUUAAGUUUUUCAAAUCUUACCAAAAACACCAGAAAAGACAUGCUUGGGCACAGGGCAAAAGUGAAAUAGUGCCUCCUAAACAGGAGCACGGAGCGCAAGUGAAACAAGAGAUUAGAUGUCCAAUUUGUGGUAGAGCAUUCAACAAGCUUAAAGCUUGCACCAAACACGAGAAAAUGUAUCAUCGGGAAAAUAACUUGCGUAAAAACACAUUUGCUUUAACGUGCUGUGAAUGUGAUCGUCAUUUUGAAAAGGCAGAUAUUUUCCAAAAGCAUAAGUGCUUCCACCUGCGUAAGCAUGUAAAGGCUUUCAUAGAGGCAAGUAGGGUGAGCCAACAAGGGGAUAUUUUCUAUUGUCAACUCUGUGUCCUAAAGCUUGCCAGUGGACUGGAGUUUGAGAAUCAUGCCAGGGAAAUGCACCCAGACCAAUACCGCAAAACCCUAAAAGCAGUAGGCAAUGUCAGGACAUGUAUCAUUAAAGACACCUUGAAAGGCUUGCCGACACAAAGGGAUCUGGAGGCAACUGAAAUAGACUUAAACACUGUAGGAGAGAAAGAGGAAGAUGUAUCGAGACAAUUUAUUUGCAAAGAUUGUGGGGACUGUUUCAUAUAUCAUGUUUCGUUUAAUUUUUGUGGAAAAUGUUUAAAGAAUCGCAAAGACUCUAGGAGAAUUCGGGAGAGCAACGUAAAAGCCUCCAAGCUGCAUCACUGUGAAGAAUGUGGCCUUGACUUUGGCCGAAAGGAUCACCUAAAGCGCCACAGAUGUUCUCAUUCUGGCAGUUCCUUUAUCUGUUUUGAUUGUGGCGUUGGAUUCAGGGAUCCAGGAGAGUUGCGGACGCAUGAAAAGACUCAUCAGGUGAGAAUCCACGUCUGCCAACUGUGUGAGAAGCGAUGUGAACAUCAAAAGGAACUGAUGUUGCAUCAUGAAGUUUAUCAUCCAGGACCAGAUGGUUAUACAUGCCACCAGUGUGGCAAGAAAUUUAGUACUGGGGAAAAGCUGGGAAAACACAGAAUGAUCCAUUCAGACAAAACUCCCCAUGUUUGUUCAUAUUGCGGUACAAAGUUCAAGAGGCGAGAACAUUUGAGACGGCAUGAGAACCUGCACACCAAUGAGAAACCUCACCUUCGUCAUUGUUAUGGAGAUACAUUUGGGCGACAGGAGGACUUAAAGACCCACCUCGGUAAAAUGCACACAAUGUUGAGGAGUUAUCUUUGUAAGGCUUGUGGGACAAUGUUCAAGGACCAUAACUCUCUCCGAAGACAUAGAUAUCACACUCACACAAAGGCAGGCAAGGUGUUCCAAUGUGAGAAGUGUGGCCUAAGCUUUAGCCGGGCGGAUCAUCUGAAGCACCACAAGUACACACAUUCUACUGAAAGGCCCUUCUCAUGCUCAAUGUGUUACAAAGUGUUCCACAUGGCAGAAAACCUCAAGAAGCAUGAGCGAAAUCAUAGAAACAAGUGGUUGGAGUACCUCAACACCCGCCGCCACAAUAACACACCCAAGCAGGAGAGCCAUGUUUCUGAGAGCUCCAAGUGGAAACUGGGCUGGUCUGAAGCAUCUGCCCUACUAAAGCUCAUCCAGAGCCACUCCAACCAGCAACAUCAUACCUGCUAUGUUUGUAAAAAUACUUUCAGAGGGCUUUACUAUCUGAAAAGACACCGUCUACUAAACUGUCUUGGACAAAGGAGUAAAAUUAUGGAUUCAUUCUGAUAUGGAACUGUUCAAUAACUCACUUUGGUGUUGAUAAUAUGGGAGAUUUAGAAGAGAAAUGUAAUUUAAUUUUGUAGAACUUGUUGUAUAUUUGUAUAUAGUGAGCUGUGGUUUGGUUUGGUAUCUUGUAUUGUCUGGUUAUUUAAAUGUUAUUAUAGACCCUCAUAGCCAUCACACCAGAGCCAGUGUUGCCAAUAUUAGACUGCUGUGCUAUAGUAGGAUUACAUUAGGCACAGACGUCAGUUCAACAUCUAUUUUACAUUUUUGUAAACUAACGUGAAUUCAAAAUGAAAUCAACAAAACAUUUCACCAUGACAUUGGAUUUAGGUUCCAAGUUGGGUGAAAAAAUCCUGUACGUUGAUUACUUUUUGCAAAUAUGAUAAUUUUUCUACGUAGAUUCAACGUUGUCACCUUGUUUCCACAUCAUUUCAACAAAGACAUCUGUUGAUUCAACCAGUUUUUGCCCAGUGGGAUUGCUGGAAAAAAAAAUCUCUUUCCUUUAAACUGGUACAGAAGAAUGGAAUGGUAUACCAAACCUUAUAAAAUCCAUCCCUACACUAGUGUUUUAAGAAACCUUAAGAGGAAAUAAAUGGUUUAUGGGCAAAAUGCUUUAAAACUACACAAGCUAAAAGAAAGAUAAUUGUAUCAAUGAAGAUUACUUGGUCAUCUAUUUUAUUCCUUUUACUGUUUCCUCCCUAUUGAUGAGAUGUAUUUAAGAUGUUAUAAUUAAGCAAUAAAGCCCGACGAGGUGUUGUAUAUUGCCAAACUACCACGGCUAAAGGCUGUUCUUACGCGCAACGCGGCGUGCCUUGAUACAGCCCUUAGCCCUGGUAUAUUGGCCAUAUAAAGCAAACUCCUGAUGUGCCUUAAUUAUAUUAUAAACUGGUUACCAAUGUAAUUAGAACAGUAAACAAGUAAUUAUGCAUCAUACCUGUGGUAUAUUUAAGCAAUAAGGCCCGAGGGGGUGUGAUAUAUGGCCAACAUACCACGGCCAAGGGCUGUUCUUAUGCACGACGCAACGCAGAGUUCCUGGAUACAGUCCUUAGCUGUUGUAUAUUGGCAAUAUGCCACAAACCCCUGAGGUUACCAACAUAAUUACAAUAGUAAAGAAGUAAUUAUGGGUCAUAUCCGUGGUAUAUUUAAGCAUUAAGGCACCUCAGGGGUUUGUGGCAUAUGGCCAAUAUACCAGGGCUAAGGGCUGUAUCCAGGCAUGCCACGAUGUGCCUAAGAAAAGCCCGUAGUCGUAGUAUAUUGCCCAUAUACCACCCCCAUCUGGCCUUAUUGCUUAAAUAUACCACGGCUUUCAGCCAGUCAACAUCCAGGACACAAACUACUCGGUUUAUAAUCUUGUGUAUAUUUUGUUUUUGUGUAUUCAAGGGGACCACAAUGGAAAUACAUUUUCAAAUUUGUGGUUGUAUUGUGUUUAAAAUGGUCAAGUUGUAUCAUGCAUUUUAAGAAUGACAAUUAUAAAAUCAAACAAUGAA